ACCCGACUCUGUAGCCCAAAACCCUUUCUUCUUCCCGAAGCCAAAUUCAACGGGAACACCGCUCCUCUUCUCUUUCUCACUCUCCUCCAUCGUUACCUCCGACCUCGUUCUCUGCUCAAGUCUCCAUGUCGAUCUUCGAGUACAACGGCAGCGCCGUAGUCGCGAUGGUGGGCAAGAACUGCUUCGCCAUCGCCAGCGACCGGCGCCUCGGAGUCAACCUCCAGACGAUCGCCGUCGAUUUCAAGCGCAUCUUCGGGAUCCACGAUAAGCUCUUCAUCGGCCUCUCCGGCCUCGCCACCGACGUCCAGACCCUAUACCAGCGGCUGGUGUUUCGGCACAAGCUGUAUCAGCUGAGGGAGGAGCGGGAUAUGAAGCCUGAGACCUUUGCCAGCCUUGUUUCGGCUAUUCUUUAUGAGAAAAGAUUUGGCCCAUAUUUUUGUCAACCUGUGAUUGCUGGAUUAGGAGACGAUAAUGUGCCAUUCAUAUGCACCAUGGACUGCCUCGGUGCCAAGGAACUUGCCAAGGACUUUGUUGUUUCUGGCACAGCUUCCGAAUCUCUCUAUGGUGCUUGUGAGUCAAUGUACAAACCUGAUAUGGAACCUGAGGAAUUGUUUGAGACCAUCUCGCAAGCACUCCUUUCGUCUGUUGAUCGUGACUGUUUGAGUGGUUGGGGAGGACAUGUUCUUGUUGUUACACCGACUGAAGUGCAGGAAAGAACUUUGAAGGGAAGGAUGGACUAAAAAUCAAACUUGGGAAAAAACAAAAGAACAAGGGUUGUUCUUUCUGUUCUGCCCCUAUCUGUCCUGUUAUAGCUGCAGCUUUUCAUUCAAAUUAAAAUGUUAUUAGACUAUUAAUACGGGUUGGAAUUGUAUACUGGAAACUGGGUCUUCGUUUGUGUACGAACAUGAAAAAUGAUGGGUUCAGUUUUCUUUUGUUUCCUA